UUAGAGCGUUAGUGAAUUAAAAAAAGCAGUAUAAAAACCGGAAUUUCCAACUGAUAAGGCUGAAAAUUUUUUCACUUGUUAUUUACAGUAAGAUAAAUACCUACAUUCACCAACUUUUAUUAAAAUAAAACCAUUUAAACUGGGUGUUCGGAUUUAUAUGUCACUUAGUUUAGUUCAAAUAGAAGCUCCCUGAAAGCUGCCAGAUUAAUUUUUCGAAGUUGCAAUUAUGCAGUUGCUGGAAUUUGCAGGUAAUUUUUAUACACCUAUUGCUACUUACGAGGAUGAGGUCUUGUACGAGGUUGGCGAUGCCACGGUUAGCGAUGACGAGGAGACGCGUGAUUGGUCCGGGAAUUCCUUCUCCUUCGUGUCCGUGAUCAUGGUGGCCAUGGUGGACGUCCACUUCCACUACUCCAGGACCGACUUCUUUCUCUUCGACUUCUUCGUUGGCGCCUGAACCUGCUACCAGCUGGAAACAUGC